UGUGGAUAGAGUGUCUUGCGAUGAGAAAUGUGAUCCUCACCACAGAGAUCGAUAACUAGGUUGUGACACAACUGUUCUUGUGGCUCACCGCAGGGUUCCGUCACCAUAGACAUCAGAGAGACUGUUCUUGACUUUCCUGUUUUGCACAAUUAUAUCAAACCAGGCAAGAUAACCACCUUCACUCUUAUUUAUCUGUCAAGCAGGCACAGCAGAUUCACCCGGCAAAACAGACCGAUCUCACCAACUGCACGCCAUGGCAUCCCGGUCACAGUACAUCCCAGCAAACGUCAAGGGCCAUCGGCACUUCAGCUAUGGAGGAGAUAUCAUUCCUGAGAAUGUUUCUAUAACAGAGUAUUAUGAUCUGACUUCUCUCAAGAAGAGCAAGCUUCGGCGUAAUGAUGAGCUUGUUCCCAAACCUCCGGAAAUUGAUGUCACUGAGAAGGUGAUAAGGGUUCCUGUUCCGAGGGAACAUCCGUACGCUUCCCACAUCCCUCGCUGUGCCGUGUUCCCUUACUCCCGCUCCUCUGACAACGCCAGUCACAAUGCAGUCACGCUGCGCAAUAAGACGAUUGGUACUUCUUGCCGCCAAGAGGUACUGAUGAAACACACAGAGCCUAUGGUCUGGCCAGGACAGCAGGGUUUCUAUGAUUAUCCAAAGCAGAUGACAGGUGCAAGGCAGGUAUUCUAUCCUGCUCCCCCAAAGAUAAUGUGCCCUAACCCUUCUCUGAGUGCCAGAGAGACUGCACUGUCUGCACAGAACUUUCACAUGUUCCAAAACUGGGAGAAGAGCGUAUAUCAUACCACCUACCAGAGGGGAUACCCAGGAAUUGAACCCUUGCCCUUUGAUGAAAAGACCACAGACAUUAUCACGAAGGAUGGAACUCCCAGAACAGAGAAGCAGCUCCCCCACGUAGCCUCAGGGCGUGUCACAGAGAUGGGACCUGGCCUGAGCUUGAGUGAGCUGCAGAGCUCCUACAGUAAGAGUGACGCCCUCCGUGACUUCCACAAGUCCACUAAUGAAGCCAUGGUGGACCUGCGGGACCACAUGCGCACGGGGAAACGAUUCCACUUCCAAGGAAUGUGCUCCCACUAUUUCCGUAAUACCACUGCUGUACCGUUGCCUGUUGCCUGAGCAUAUAUUACCAGAAGCCUCCUUCAGCCCCUCCACAUCAAAUAAGAGCAAAUAAAAAUAAAAUGUGUUUGAAAGUU